AUGGAUUUUAAUUUGAACGAGUAUCCAACUAAUGAUGUUGGCGAUGAAGAUGAAGUAUCGUCAAGGAAGGAAGCAUUUUUUGAUGAAAAUAAUGUUGUAAAUGGAAAAGGAGAUUGUGAUGAUAAUUCAGAUGUUGGAGACGGAGAUAAGGAUGAAAGCGUUGAAGAAGUUGAGGAAAAUGUUGAAGAUGAGCAACAUGUUGAGCAUGAUUGUGCCAAUUUUGUCGAUCUACUUAAUAGGAUUGAUGUACUUGAGAUGGUAUUAGAGGUUGGAAAAUCCGAAGCAGCUCAUAUUUUAUAUUGCGAGAGUGAAACGAAGACAUCAUUGGAUAGAUGGAUGGCUACUUACAAGAAGCAAGAUCGAAAGACCAUGUGUAAGGCAAAGCUAAGGGUGGCACGCAGACGUAAUCAGCCAUGGAAAAAACUUUUGAUAGAAGCAAUGAAUUCAGCAGGCAUUGGCAUCUCUCGGGCUUGUGCAUUCAUUGAGAAGGAGUCAGGCGGGCCACAAAAUUGUGGGUUUACACGGAAGGAUGCUUAUAAUCACAUUAAUGGCUUAAAGAUGAAGACAAAAGUGGAAAACGGUGAUGCAAAUAGCCUUAUUCAAUAUUUCAGCAAGAUGUCGAAUAGUGAGGCAUUCUUUUAUUUUGACUUUCAAGUAGAUGAUGAAGGGCGACUUAUGAAUUUUUUCUUCAGAGACUCUCGCAGCUCUUUGGACUACGAUUAUUUCGGAGAUGUGUUGUCUGUAGAUAGUACGUAUCGGACCAACAGAUACAAGCUUGUUUGUGUUCCUUUUGUUGGUGUGAACCAUCAUUUGAAGAAUGUUAUGUUUGGAAUUGGUUUCCUAUCUGAUGAAACCACUCGAUCUUACGAAUGGUUACUUUCCACUUUCUUGAAGUCUAUGCAUUCGAAACAACCGGACAUAAUUUUUACGGAUCAAUGCCAAUCGCUUAUGAAUGCAAUUGAUUUCGUAUUCCCGAGCGCUAGUCAUCGUCUAUGCCAGUGGCAUAUCAACCAAAACGCGCCAUCGCAUUUUGGGAAGUUGAAUGGGAAUUCAUUCUUCAAAAAAGCUUGGUUUCAUUGUAUGAAUGGAUGUGAUACUGAGGAUGAAUUUGAAGUAACUUGGAUGUGUAUGAUUGAUGAAUACAGGCUUGAAGAGAAUAGAUGGUUUAAUACCAUGUACGGGUUGAAAAAGAGGUGGUCCUCUGUCUUUACAAAUCAGCGAUUUUGUGCCGGCCUACAUGCAACAUCGCGUAGUGAGGUAACAAACAAGGUUAUUAAGAACCUUUGUAGUGCAAGCAUAUCAUUACAUGAUUUUGUGCUUAAGUUUGAAGAAGUACAAAUUCAAUGGCGGCGAAAAGAAGCUGAAGAGGAUGCACUCUGUAUAGGAAUGCCAAGGUUAUUUGUGCAAAACAAUGAAUUGUUGAAUAGUGCAGCUAAAUUCUUGACACGAAGUGUGUUUCGAAAAUUGGAGCAUGAGGCUAGUUAUUCAAUGAACGUUGAUUUAAUCAAAGGGCCAUCAAAUUAUGCUUCUCUGAUGACAUAG